CGAACCCUAACUUCCCAAAAAUCUUGUUUCUUCCUUUUGCCGCCGAUUAUCUCUAAGAUUUCACAAAAUUCUUCUUAUCCAUUCCUUAUCCAUUCAAAGUUUGGAUAGCCCACAACAACACAAGAAGAGAUUUUCGGAUUUGAAGUUCUUAUCAAAAGUCGCAGAGGAUUUUCGAAGUCAAUUCCAAUUUCAAAUAGGAUUAGAUUAUUAUCUGUAAUUUUGGGGAUUGGGAUUAGAAUUGAGAGUUAGAAAAAGGGUUGGAGUACUCUCUAUUUCUGUAUAAAUAGGGGGGCACCUUCGGCUUGCAGAGGGGAAGAAAAAGAUCUGAGGGCGAAGAGGAGGAGAAGAUUGGGAAAAAGAGGGAUUCAAAAAAUUGAGAGAAGAAGGGCAAAUCUGAGGCUUGUAACCAGAACUUCAAGAUAAUAAAGCUUGAGUUUCCCUAUUUUCUUCAGAAAUGUCCUUAGUUUUAUUUUCUUUGCUCUUUCCGGUGGCCUUAGCCCGAAUCAUCCCAGUGCUGGAUGUUGAGUUGUCCUACAAGGGAAAAAGUGAUAAUGAUGCUGAAUUAGCUCAUGACCCCUGGAGAAACUUUGAUUCUGUGUCAUGGAAAGAUAUCUUGGAUAGUUGUACUGAGUCCAUCGAGGAUCAAUCGUUGUUUUCCCCCUCAUGUCCUGAUAUCAUGGGUAAGUUUUUCAGCAACAGCAUUGUUGAAAGGCUGGACUUUGGGGUGCAUUCGCAGAUUCAAAAAGAAUAUGAGGCUUCAGUUGAGGAUUCUUCAUCUUUAUCUAAGCAGCCAAUGGAUCAGAAGUUAUAUUCAGACUCAGCAUGUGAUACAACUUCUAAAUUUUAUAAGGAAGAAGUUAAUCACCUUGAAUUAAUGAAUUCUAUUUACCCUCAGCUGAAACGUCCAGAUAUAAGAAAUGAUGAUUUAAUGGAAAAUUGCUUUCAGACACUGCUAUCUAAUGAUGAAUAUGAUUAUGCUCUACAACCAAAUCCAGAUGGCUGCUUCAACUUGGAGGGAAAAUCAAUCCACUCUUCCGAUACAGAGCUUUUGUUUGAUGGUAUUUCAACGGAAGAAGGUUCAAAGAAGAUGUCCAGUUCUGGGGCCAAUGGGGAAACAGGUGGGAAUGAAAAUGAGAUUGAUGUUUCGAGCAUUCCCUCUGAAGGGAUAUUGGAUAUCCAAGAUAUAAAUGAUGCUGAAAACUAUAGUGACAGGGCUGAAGCAAAUCUUCUUCUGCGUUUUGAUAAAAUACUGUGUUCAGGCUCCAGUGCCACUAAUCUUGUCACCAGCAGCUUAAAGGAUGCAUCACAGUUGAGUAGUGAAAUCAGUUCAUUGCAAAAAGGGGACAACAAAGAAUUGGACCAGAUGUUAAAGACUGGUUCAGGAACGGAAUUUUUCUCAGAAAAAUUUACGGACCAGCUGCUUCAGAAGCAUCUGAAAGAGAAGUUGCGUGUAUGGAUCUUACAGAAGGAUGCUGAAGGUGGUGAUGGCCCUAGUAUGUUGGAUGAGGGUGGACAAGGUGUUCUACAUUUGGAAGCUGCACUUGGCUAUGAUUGGGCUUUGGAGCCUAGUAUAGUUGCAGGUGUAAGUGUUGAUUUCCGUGAUGUGAAUGGAUGGACUGCACUUCACUGGGCAGCAUUUUGUGGCAGAGAGCACACGGUGGCUUCCCUCAUUUCGUUAGGUGCAGCUACAAGAGCAUUAACACAUCCAUCACCUAAAUAUGCCUCAGGCAGAACUCCUACUGAUCUGGCGUCUGUCAAUGGACAUAAAGGAAUUGCUGCAUACCUUGCAGAUCGCUCUUUGGAUGUCCACAUUCCGGCCAUUAAUUGGGAUCACCAAGAUGAUGCUGCAGGACCAAAAGCAGUUCCGAAAAUUUCAGAAAUAAGUGCAGCACCACUUUGCUUAAGGAAUGCAUCAGAUUGCCAGUCACGAAAGGACUUAUCAGCCAUCAGUUGUCGUUCUCUUGAACGUGGUUGGAAGUUUCUGAAGCAUUUGAAGACAAUCUCUACCCUUGAGGGACCCAUACUUCCCACUCCCAGUGCUAUGGAGAUAUUGCUUAUAGGUCAGGGUGCAGUUGAAGCUGCAGCUAUAACUACAGUUGGAGCUGGAGCUGGAGCUGGAGCUGUGGCUGCAGCUGCAGCUGAACGUGUAGCUGGAGCUAGAGCUGGAACCCUAGUUGGAGCUGUUGCUGCUGGAUCUCUAGCUGCAGCUGAAACUGCAGCUGUGGCUGCAACUAUAGCUGUAAUUGUAGCUGGAACUGCAGCUGUCAUAGCCCAGCUACAGCUAAAACUGCAGUUGUUAGGAAGAGGAGAAAGAAGAGGACAGGGGGCCAGAGGACAAGGGGCCGACGACGAGGGGCCGGAGUGGCCGGAGAUGGACAAGGGACUGAAGAAGGAUGAGGGACCGGAGAAGGAGAAAGAAAAGGGAAAGAAACGAGCCCCACACCCCGUUUUGGAGAGUGGAAAGGCAUACAAGAUUUUGAAGGCACAUUCGGCAUACUUGGUUCUGUUGACCGCACGUUACAGUUUUCAAAGCAUGGAGACAAUCCAAAUGCUUGUGUUGGUAUGUGUUGUGACUUUUCUUAUGUUGAUGGUGGAUUUGAUCUGUCAGCCAUUCGUGUCUGGGGAAGGAAACACCGGCAGAAUUAAGUGUGUGUUUCCGUAUAUGUUGGUUUUACCUCUAUUGAUCUGUUUGAGCAGGAGUGAUGUUGAUGUAGGAGUACGACGGCUGGCUUUGGGGGAAUUUAUCGGGAUGAAUUUGGGGUUUUCUUGGACAUGAUUGCUCGUGUAAACAAUAACAAAUGAUUGUACAGUUGGUGCAAGGUAGUGUUUCUGCUCAUAUAUGAUACCAAUAUUUGGUGGACAUGAUUCAUGUUUUUGGCUUCAUUUUCUUGGAAUGGAAAUAGUAGUGCAAACAAGCAUUUGUUCUUGUCAUUUGUGUUGUGUUGUUAUUUCUUAGCUCUUUAAUGAAUGGGUUUAUGUAUGUCCAAUGUUAUUGAUUAUAUGAUGUGCGUGGGUGAUCAUCUGCCUUAUUAAACCCCUGCUGAAUUG